AUGGAAAAGGAUGAAGACGGACGAAUAAUUAAUGCAAAUUGGUCAGUUAAAGGCACCUCAACUUACAUUCUUACAUUGAAAUGUAAAACUUUACAAAACAUUCAACCCUCUCAUGCGAAAUGGGAUAAUUUCGUCAUAACUUGCUCAUGUCCUGAUGGCAAAAAUAGAAGAAAAUUGAUUUGCAAGCAUGCACAUAAAUGCUUAACAACCGUUGUAGAUACAACUUUAGAAGCUGAACAAAAGAAGAUCGCUGAAGAAGAACGUAAAAAAUGGGAAAAAGUUUUUAAAGAAGAAGCCGAAAAAGAAGCAAAAAUUGUCAAAGAAAAAGCUAAAAAGAGAAGAGAACUUGCCAUAGAACAGGAAUUAGCAUUACCUGGAGAAAGAAAAAGAAUUUUACGUGGCCUUGAUACCAUUAAACGGAUGAACUUUAGGGAAUUUGUUUUGGAAAAGUGUAAUGAAAGUGUUGAAUCAUUGGAACAUCUUUCAAAAUUAUUUCCUGAAUCUUUAUUACCCAAAAUUAGUGACUUGACAACGAAAUGUGAACGUUGUAAGAAGUUCUUUGCUCCAACUAACAAUACCGAAAAAAGUUGCCAAAAGGAUCAUCCAUAUAGUAGUGUGCGCAGCACCGGAAAAUAUGAAUAUUUCUGCCGUCGAUGUGAGUGCAAUUUUUAUUGCCCAGACUACGGUUUGGGAUUUAGUGAUUGUGAAGAUCCUUGCUUUGAAGGUAUGCACACAACUGAUAAAAAACUAGUUGAAGAAGAAUAUUGGGAUGAAUAG